GACGGCUAUGCGAAAAAGGGCUGCAGCAUGGUUGAGAUCAUGGCGAUUCAAGUGCAGAGACCUCACUGGUUUGUGUCACAUGCUUGGAUUGAGCCUGUUUGUAAGUUUCUGGCCUGCUUGGAGCAGCAUGCUCUGGUGCGAGAACUCUCAAGCAGUACAUUCUAUUGGGUCUGUGCAUAUGCCAACAACCAGCACUGCGUGGAAGAGGAUAUCAAAAGCAACCCACGCAGCACUUCAUUCUACAGAGCUAUGCAGAUGUCUGAGGGAGUUCUUUUGGUGCUGGAUUCAGCUGGAACGCCUUUCGGCUGGGAUUUCGCAGUGAUGAGGCGAAAAAAGUCCAGUGUACCCACUGCAGUGGCACCUGGCGCGCUGCAACUGGAGAGACGUUCUGAAAAGACCGAGGCACCAGAAUUCAGUCCAGUCGAAGUCGCCAACGUUAUCAAAGUCACCUUGAAGUUCACUGCAGCGGCUCGAACGCCCAGCACUGCGCAACGAGUUUCGAGAGUCGAGUUCUGCAAAGUGGUUGUGGUUCUUUUCCUUGACCGUGUGGGCCGUGUUUACUGCGUUGGUUCUUGUGUCUCCGAGGCUUUCUGCAUCGAAGAUACUGCAGAGCGAGGGAUCACUCGCGAGCAAUUGGCGAAGAUCGACGGCUAUGCGAAAAAGGGCUGCAGCAUGGUAGAGCUCAUGGCGAUUCAAGUUCAGAGACCUCAUUGGUUUGUGUCACAUGCUUGGAUCGAGCCUGUUUGUAAGUUUCUGGCCUGCUUGGAGCAGCAUGCUCUGGUGCGAGAACUCUCAAGCAGUACAUUCUAUUGGGUCUGUGCAUAUGCCAAUAACCAGCACUGCGUGGAAGAGGAUAUCAAAAGCAACCCACGCAGCACUUCAUUCUACAGAGCUAUGCAGAUGUCUGAGGGAGUUCUUUUGGUGCUGGAUUCAGCUGGAACGCCUUUCGAGUCCAAGGUGGCAGUGGCACCUGGCGCGCAACUGGAGAGACGUUCGCACACCGAGGCAUCGGAAUGUCCAGUCGAAGUCAUCACAGGUAUCAAAGUCUUCAGUCGAAGUCUUCAUGAAAAACUCACUGCAGCGGCCCGAACGCCCAGCACUGCGCGAUUGACGAGUUUCGAGAGUCGUGGGGUGAGGAGUUCUGCAAAGUGGUUGUGGUUCUUUUCCUUGACGUGGGGCCGUGACUGCGUUGGUUCUUUUGGAGGUGCUGCCCAAUUUGUGUCUCCGACUCGCUGCCUCAUGUCGGUUUCUGUGGAUGUUCCUGGACAUGGCAAUUUCGAUAUCGCACUGACUUCUUCGAGCACCGCUGCUGACAUGAUUUUUCUUCUACGCGAGCGUUUGCCAGACAGUCCAUGGCAUGGGAACAAGGUGCUUUCAAGUGGGGUCUGCCAGCUGCAGUGCGAUGACAUUGUGGAGGCAACCCGCCACAGCACUUUAGUCUUGACAAACUACUCAGAGAUCACCAACCAG